AACUCAGCCGUCUGAAGUAGGAAAUAAAACAAAUGUUCAUUGCAAGCUGUCUAUAAAUCGGAAAUUAAAGAGUUGUCUUGUUAGUGCUUAAUUUAUUUUUGAAUUAAUAUUCCAAAUAUUAAGAUAUCACCCAGUGUUUGGCGAUUUCAAAUAUAAACAGAAGCUCUUAAUUUUCACUACUUUGCGAAUAAGAAUUACAAGUUGGAGAUCCGUUCAAACGAAUCUUUCUUACUGGGAUGUCAAAUAUUUCCCAGUUCCCACCUCGUCGUGAAUGCAACUUUAAUAACAGACUGAAUACACCGGGCAGUAGUUUGUGGUGCCUUGCUUCGGACGUAGAGCUGGACUGAUCGCGGAAAUACAUACUCUGUACAAAUUACAAUAUUAUGGCUGAUCAUAAUGUUGGGUUUAUGGGAGGAAGAAUUCCCAGAGAAGUUGUGAGCAUGGCUAAACACUUGAAAGAUCUGGAUAAACAACUCUUCAGACAAAUCCUUCAAGUUGUGGUAGAUGCAUUGGAGGAGAAGGAGUGCAUGGUGUCUAUGGCAGACAUUAUAGAAGAAAAUUCCAUUUCAGAAGAAAAGCUUAGCGACAUUGUUUCAGGCAUGUAUGAGCUACUGAAAGAAGCUUUACGUCUACCUUCGUCUUCAAUGAAACAAGAGAGUUUUGAAGAAGACCUUCGUGAGCUCAGGAUUUUUGAGGAGUUCAUUGCAGACCUGUCCCGCAUUGUCUUUGGAAAUGGGCGACCAGCACUUGAUGCUUCUGUUACACAGUACAGCCCGAGAUUACCUGACUUAGAAAAAUUCAGAUGGAGAGUGGAUGUUGCAAUUUCAACAAGUUCCUUGUCUCGAGCGCUACAGCCAACUAUUCUAAUGCAGUUGAAGCUUUCUGAUGGUAAUCUUCAUCAAUUUGAGGUUUCUUUGUCUAAGUUCCAGGAGCUGCGGUACAAUGUCGCACUAAUUCUAAAAGAAAUGAACGACUUGGAGAAAAGAAGUGUUCUCAAGAUCCAGGAUUAUCAUGUAAAUUAAAUGACCCCUCAACUGAUCAUAAUGUUAAAUUUUUUCAGUAAGAAAUCUGUUAUUAAUUAAACAACAGUUCAUGAUUACUGUGUGUUGCAUGCUUUUGGAUAUCCAUGUAGAGACAUUUUGAAAUGAAGCAGCUUGAUUGUUUCCUCUGGCGGUGUAGUUGCUGAAGGAAUAUGUAUGUACGUCCACUUAAUGUAUAUGGAAUAUUGUUUGAAUACAGUGUUUAAACAGUGGUAAUGAAUUAAAGGGACUAUUAAGCAAA